AUGCACAGCGGAGAUUUGUCCUCCGGCAGUGUCUCCCAAGCUGGGAAGGAGUUCGACAAACCGACAUUCCGACUUCUCGGAAUCGGAAGCCUAGUUGAGAGUAAACCACAUCUAAGAUUCACCACUGUCUCAGCAAAAUGUCGCAAGGCGGCUCCUGAUCCAAAUAGGAGAAAAGAAGUCUACAACGAUUGCGUAAUCGAGGACUCCUUGUCCCAAGGUGACUGGCACAUCAAAGAAGACCCAAAAGUGGACUACAAGAUGCUGCUCGGAGGAUUACGAGCCUGUUCAGAACGUGCCUCGAAUCCGCUCACGGCAAACUUGGAUUCAAUUCCGAGGACCACCAAAGAAUUGUUGAAAAGGAGAAGGACUUUGAGGCUUGAUCCGAAUGCUUCUCACAUUGAGCGGCAGAAAAAGAUUCUGGAAGCAGCACAAAGAAGAACGAGUCUGAAGAAGUGCCGCAGGGAUCUCCGCGAAUAUAAUAUUCCGCUAGCAGCCUUGCUGAGCAAAUACGGGAUUCGCAUGUCUUCUCGCCGUUAG